AUGGAAGUCGCCAUGAAGCGUCGGUACGCCACUAUGAUGGCUGCUGUUUUAGAAACAGAAGAUGAUGACGCCUACUUCGUGUCUCGAAAGCGAUCUUGCUGGGUGAAAGGGUGGAUGCAGGAAAAAUCCCUGGGAAUUCAGCACCAGCUCUACGACUGCCUGCUGAAGCAAGACCCCGAUGAAUACCGAAGAUUGCUUCGGAUGCCGCACGACGUAUUCGAGAGGGUUCUUGCUUCUGUCAGACCACACAUUGAAAAAGGUGACACAAAUAUGCGCCUCGCGGUGAGCGCGAGGACUCGCCUGCAACUGACGCUGCGUUAUUUGGCAUCAGGGGAGUCCCAGUACUCAUUAAGUCGGCAGUUCCGUGUUGGUCACAGUACUGUGAACACCAUAAUUGCCAGCACGUGUGAAGCCAUAUACAUUGCACUAAAAAAAGAACUGAUAAAGUCGCCAACGACAGAGGAGGCGUGGACGACCAUAGCGCGAGGCUUUGGCGAGCGGUGGAACUUUCCUACUUGUGUGGGUGGAAUUGAUGGCAAGCACGUUGCCAUUGUCAAGCCUGCAAAGAGCGGAUCGGUCUACUUCAAUUACAAGAAGACAUACAGUAUAAUUCUCUUUGCUUUAGUUGACCACAACUGCAAGUUCUUGUAUAUCGAUGUCGGAGCACCUGGAUCUCAAGGAGAUGGAUCCAUCUGGCAGACGACACCUCUGCAGCGUGCCAUCGCAAGAAAGAAAGCCGGGCUGCCUGCUUUCAUCGACGUACCUGGACAAGCCAACCUGCUGCUUCCACCUGCCAUAGUUGGGGACGACGCCUUCCCGUUGUCGCCCAAUCUAAUGAAGCCUUUUGGUGGUACUCAGCUGUCAUCGGCGCAAAAAAUCUUCAACUACCGACUCUCCAGAGCGCGCCGAGUCACCGAGAACGCUUUUGGUAUCCUGGCUCACAGAUUCCGCUUCCUGCUGACGAGAGUCCACGCAAAGCCAGAGAGGGCUACUGCAAUGGUACAGGCGGCAUGCGUCUUGCACAACCUUCUACAAGGAGACAAUGUUGAGGUUCCCGAGCUCAAUUCAACGCCUGACCGACAGGUGUUUUUUAACUUGCAGCAUGACAAAUCUCGUUCGACUGCUCUUGCGGCAGCAGUCCGAGAGAGGCUUUGUGAUUAUUUUUGCGGAGACGGGGCCGUCUCAUGGCAAGACACCUAUGCUGGUGUCGACGUGACCAAGCUGAGGCACCCUACGACCUGA